AUGUCUUUUAAUGAUUUAGAACAAGGCUUAGGUGUCUCUAAUGGUAGUGACUAUAAGACCUUGACACAAAGAGUAUCUCAACAAGUGUUUCAUAUCAAUGGCAAUAUUACUAGUAUUGAAAGACUAGUUGGAUUUUUGGGUACAGCAAGAGACUCCCCUGAUAUUCGAAACAAACUUCAUGACGUAACAGAAGGCACACGCGAUUUAAUCAAAGAUACCACAGCAGAUAUUAAACUAUUGUCUCAAUACCAAACAUCGGAUCCAAAGCAAACGCGUCAACGCAAGUUGGAACAACAAAAACUAUCUAAAGAUUUUCAGAAAGUAUUGGCAGAAUUUCAAAAUAUUCAAAGAGAGUCUGUCUCUAAGCAAAGAGAAUAUGUGGAUAAACAGAAGGCAUCUACAGCAGCCCUUCAGUCUCAGAUAGAAGAUGAUGAAGUUCAACAAGAACAACAACAAUUACUCCAAGUGGAAGACGCACAAAGGCGUAUCCAGAUUGAGGCUUUGGAUAACGAGAUUGAUUACAACGAAACCUUGAUUUCUGAACGUGAAAAUGAAAUUCAAGGUAUUGAACAAGGUAUUACCGAGUUAAAUGAAAUCUUUCGUGAUCUCGGUAUGCUUGUAAAUGAACAAGAAAGCGGUAUCCAGAGUAUUUACGGCAAUGUACUCAAUAUUUCUCAAAAUACAAAGCAAGCAGCAGAAGAGUUGACGACAGCUAACCGUCAUCAAAAGAGAGCAAGAAAGAACAUGUGUUGCUUCAUGUUGAUUAUCACUAUUGUUGGCUGCGUUUUGGCCCUGAUUAUUGUUGUUGCGAAAUAA